UGAUUCUGUUAGGUUUCAGGUUCGGUUGACUCAACACUUUACCCAAUUGGUUGGGUCAAAUACAGUUCAUAUAAAAAUCCAUUGCCCUCUUCACAAACCUCCAUUUUCAACUGGACUGUGACCUGAUCAGACAACACUGGACUUCUCAAUUCAAAUAAAACAUGAACAUCCGUGAGAUCCUCAGUGCCUCCUCUGAAGGUAGACCUGUGGUUAUCAGUCUAGAUGGAAAUCAGCAUAUGUCCAUUCGUGAAAGACGGUGCAUGGUCAGAACACUUGUGUCACACCUGAUGGAUCAAUAUGGAGAAAACCCAUCUUCAGACACUAAAGCAAUUCUGGCAUCUUCGAUUGUGGACCAGUUUCCAUGUUUAAGAGACAGCCAUGGCACAGGAUAUGACGCCUGGUUUACCCCCGGAAGACAACACAGGCCAGCAACUGGCUUUCUGGAGGAGCGUCGCCGUAAUGUAAGGAAAAGAACCAACCUCAGUGCUGAGCGUGCCAUCCAGAUGACAGAAUGGCUGAAAAAACUUUUGGCCACAGACCAGGUUGUCCAAUACAUGCGGGAAACUGCAGUAUAUCGCGCAGGAUGGAUCCGCUCAAGUGGGACAAUCCCAAUGCAGCAGAUUUUUGCAGAGUUCCCACGUUUGUUGGACACACCAGGAAUGAUUUUGCAGGACUUUGCCGUUUUAUAUCCACAGUCUUGUGGAAAACUGACAGAGAACUGGAACACCUUGUUCUCAUCAAAGGUCAUUCGCAUGGGGAAGAAGGAGGAGAGCGGUCUUCUGCCUGAGAUUGAGUUGCUUCCACAAGACAAACAAGGUGACGUGGCACUCCAGCUGCUGCCAAAACUCCUCCCUGCUGUUCCCUACAGAGUUGGGCGAAAGGUGGUCAGACCCAGCAACCUUGAAGUCCAGCAAGCCUUCAUUGAUGUCCAGCCAAUUGGGACAAAUAUGGUGGAAUAUCUUGGAAGUACGGCAACAGAGCAUCCACGUGUUCUCAUGCUUGGGGACAGGUAUUGUUGUUCCCAAGCAUUUGUCGUCAUAAAUGGAACUCCUUUGGAAUAUCCAUCUCUUUUGGGGGCUGUUGACGGCUGUUUCAAAUCGUUCUUCGUUUUUGAUAUGAGUUAUCCGAAGUCGUGUGUCCAGAUUUGGGAUUUUCUCCAAACUGUAAUAUAUGAAAUCCCAGGAAAUGAGUCACCCCCGAUAAAAUUAAUGAGGGCCCAGUUGGAGGCCAUGGAAGAAUAAAAGCAAUUCUUCAAUAACCCUUAAAUAAGUUUUAAAUGUUCUGAUUGAAAACCUGCUGGAUGUUUUGUUACUAUGUUGCUAUUUUUUUUUCACAUUUCCUUCAAACUCUUUUGAUGAAAAUAUUUCUUUGUG